AUGGAAUCCUUGCUCAUCAGCAUCAGCUCCUGGUGCUCCUGGGUUUCCGGCCUUUCCGUCUGUUCCUGGGGCUCCCUCUUGUCCUGGAACUCCAGCUGGUCCAGUCUCUCCAAUACCGCACGAGCAGCAAGUUUGUGGAGUUUGACGCUUUUGUCUUCCAGAUUCACGGAUCACUGCAAGUUUGCUGAUCUCGCUCUUCAUGUCAACAUUCUUCGAUUUGCAGAACAAGAGUUCAUCAGAAAGUCCAGAGUGAACAGUUUGCAUGUGAAGGCAGAGAAGUGGAACAGCAAUGAUAGCGAUCAAAGUGGCAACAGUCGAAACUGCGACACCUAA